AUAUGUGUGUUUGGACUGUGGCAGCGGUUGCAGCAAUGAAUAAAAAGUGAAGCUUAAAUGUCGAGAUAAUUCGGCUGUGAUAACGGCUAAGGAGCACUCAGGAUGCUGGAGUCUUAUGUCACUCCGCUAUUGAUGAGCUAUGUUAACCGCUACAUUAAGAACCUGAAGCCCUCUGACCUGCAGCUCUCACUGUGGGGUGGGGAUGUGGUGCUCAGCAAGCUGGACCUCAAACUGGACGUUCUGGAGCAGGAGCUAAAGCUUCCCUUCACAUUCCUGAGUGGUCAUAUCCAUGAGCUGCGUAUCCAUGUUCCGUGGACCAAGCUGAGCUCGGAGCCCGUGGUCAUCACGAUCAACACCAUGGAGUGCAUCCUCAAGCUGAAGGACGGAGCUCAGGAUGAGAACGAGAGCAGUGCUUCCAGUCGGAGUGUGUCGGAAAAGAGCGUGCCCAGGCCUCGGAGAGUGCAGCAGAGCCCCACCGACCCUGACUUACCCCCAGGCUAUGUUCAGAGUCUUAUUCGCCGUGUCAUCAAUAAUGUGAACAUCGUGGUGAACAACCUGAUUCUGAAGUACGUGGAAGAUGACAUCGUGCUGUCAGUGAACAUCACGUCCGCGGAGUGCUACACAGUGGAUGAGCUAUGGGACAGGGCCUUCAUGGACAUCGCCACUCCUGAGCUGGUCUUGAGGAAGGUGAUAAAUUUCGCAGACUGCACCGUGUGUUUGGAUAAGCGGAAUGCCAGCGGGAAGAUUGAGUUUUAUCAGGACCCCCUGCUCUACAAGUGCUCCUUCACAACCCGCCUCCACUUCACAUACCACAAUAUCAAUUCCAAAAUCCCAGCGGUUAUCAAAAUCCAGACGAUGGUGGAGAGUCUGAAGCUGUCCCUGACUGACCAGCAGCUCCCCAUGUUCAUGCGCGUGCUGGAGCUGGCGGUGGCUCUGUACUACGGGGAGAUCGGUGCUCACAGAGACGGGGAGAAAGAGGAGACCGUCUCCGCCACGGAGGCCGCGCUCAGCAUCCCAGGCGGGGCUGGCGAAGGAGUCGACCCAGCCACACCGACUCCCUACCCCAGCCCGGAUCAGUACAUGCAGAUGGAGGAUGAGGAGCAGGGCUGGGUAUCAUGGGCCUGGUCCUUCGUCCCCGCCCUAGUUAGCACGGGCGAGGAUGAGGUAGAGGAGGGCCUCUUCACGGCGAAGGCAGAGGACGGGCCGCCCAGCCCGACGCAGCUGUCCUUCAGGGAACCCAUCGUGGCGGUGGGCUUCUACUGCACCAAGGCAAUAGUCACGUUCAAGCUGACAGAGGGCAGUUCUGAGAGCAGUUACUACAGCCCACAGAAAGUCAAGUCCCGGGAGGUACUAUGCGUGGAACAGGAGGGCAUCACCGUGGAGGCGCUGAUGUUGGGGGAGACGUUUUUUGACUGCCAGAUUGGGGUAGUAGGCUGCAGGGCUCUGUGCCUGAAAAGCAUUAUGGGAGUGCGAGACUUUGAGGAGAGCAUGGGCAGAAUGGAGGAGGAUGCUGUGUUUUUCCACUGUGGGGAGAGUCUGAGCGCUAAAGGAAUGACCUACUUGACCAACUCCCUCUUUGACUACCGUAGCCCAGAAAACAACGGAGUCCGUGCUGAAUUCAUACUAGAUGGCAACCUCCACAAGGAGACCUACAGUGAGGCUGCAGGCCUGCAGCGCUUUGGGGCUUUCUACCUGGAUUACCUCUACACAAUGGAGAAUGCCAGCGGCAGAGUGCUACAGGACGUGUCAGCGGUGGCAAAGCAGGAGCCCGCGCUGCUGGUUCAGGAGACAUCGGUGAAGCGGCUGGCGAUUGGCCCACUGCACCUGCAGCUCCACAGCAGCGCCGUCCAUCGUAUCCUCAAGAUGGCCGCCUGUGCCAUGGACCACGAGUACGAGCCCUACUGCAAAGCCAAGCCAGACGUGGUGGAGGAGUGCCGCACGCCUCCAGGGCAGGACGAGGUGGCAGUGCUGGAGGAGUUUAUCCCAACGCGCCUGACGAGCGUCACGCUGCUGAAAGCUUCAGUUACCGUCGCCAUGGCGGAGUUCAACCGGCUGCACAUUCUUCUGCCUGCCAUACUGGGUCAGAAGGGUUCAUCUGCGCAGGCCAGCGCUCUCCUGCUACAGCCAUCCAGGCCUCUACCAGCCCUCCGCCUGCAGGUGGAGCGAGUGAAUCUGGAACAUUCCGUGCCCAUGUAUGGGCCCGAGCUCACCCGUACUGUCAGCAGCCUGAGCCAACCCUCAGACAACCUGCUGCACCACUGCUACACACACUGCUACCUGAAGGUCUUCGAGCUGCAGGCGGGGUUGACGCUGCUGGACAGUGAACGGGCGUCUCCGCUCUUACCCAUAAUUCCCUCCUUCAGUGCUGCCGUCUAUGGGAAGAUGCUGAACUUGCCCGCGUACUGGUUGAAGAGGCCCUCGGUAUCCGUAGCUGAGUGCAUGUUUGAGCUGCCCCACUUUACGGUGCAGGCCACGCAUGCUCAGAUGUUGCUGCUGAAGUGUUUGUGGCAGAGUUGGACCUACAGCACAGGCAGCGGUGCAGGUCCCUCUGCCAGCGAGGCGCUAAUCAGCGAGGUCUACAGAACGCCAGGUGGGAAGAGUGUUGCGCCCACAGUGGAGGUGUCUGUGCAUAGCGUGGAGCUGAAAGUGUCUCAGAGGGUGACGGUGUGGUGUUCAUCCGGAACGCUGGGAGCCGUUAAAGUGGCAGCCAGGACAGUGGGUGGAGGUGAGGGGCAGAAGGAGCAGCUGGUUGUUCUUCUGCAGGCUCCAUCCGACACCCGUGAGUUCUACAGCAGGCAGUGGCUUGGAGAGAGCCACCGCCCACAGUCUCUGCUCACCCCCGACCUGCUCACCUUCUCACUGCAGGUCCCACAGCCCGCUGGAGACUGCCGCAAUUCCAGCGCAGUGCUUCUGCUCAGUGUGCAGGGCAUUGCUGUGAAUGUGGAUCCCGUGCUGUCCACUUGGCUGCUGCACCAGUCUCAGAGACCCAGCGGCAGCCGACAGACACAGCAGGCUGCAGGCGGGGUUCCCAUGGUGGUGAUGAAGAGGAGGGAGGAUGAAGCAUCAGUCGGCAGCACUCCACUGGCCAAGCAGCUGUCCAAUCAGGCAUCAGACUACGCCAGCAGCCCAGUCAAAACUAAGACCAUAACAGAAUCUCGCCCUCUCUCUAUCCCGGUGAAGGUGAUGCGGUCAUCUGCUGAGCACAUGGUGUCUUCAGAAGAGCGCAUGAAGGAGCUGAUGGCAAGCGUGUGGGAUGCUGUUAAACGCCUUACACUACAGGUGGAGCUGCAGUCGUGCUGUGUCUUCGUGCCUAAACACACCCUGCCAUGUCCUAGCACCAUAGCGUGUGGUGAUAUCCCGGGCACUGUGCGCAGCUGGUAUCACAGCCAGGCCUCCAUGCCAGGGACUCUGGUAGUAUGCCUGCCGCAGGUCAGCGUGCUCAGCGCUGGGCACAGGCACAUGGAGCCACUGCAGGAGAUCCCCUUCACUGUGCCGAAACCUGUACUGGAGGAGGGUGACGCGUUCCCAUGGACGGUAACAGUCGGCCAGUUCAGCGUGUACACGUUGCUGGGGCACCAGCGCUCCCUUUCGCUGCUGGAGCCAGCGGGCUGCACCUCCACGCUGGCCGUCACCUCCCACAAGCUGCAGCCGGGCCCGGCCCCCGGCCCCGCCUCGCCAGAGUCGAGACACGCCUUCAUCGUCUGCCUGCAUGUCGACCUGCAGCCUCUCCACCUCAAGCUCUCCAACCCACAGGUGCAGUUGCUUUACGAGCUGUUUGCAAGCUGGAGCAGUAUCUGGGAGCACCUGCAGAGGAGGGGGAUCCUUCCGCAGGCGCCCGGGUUUCCGGACCCCCACCCUCCGCCCGCUGGACCCCCCUCGCCCGUUCACAGCAGCGCGGGCACCGUGCCCCCUGACACCAGCACCCUCAGUCCCUCUGCCGACCUGGGCUCACCCACAGAGGCUGACUCCACACCCCUCGGCGAGGACCCUGCCUUCUGCGAGGCCGUGACUCUGGAGCAGAGGACGAGCAGCAUCGGGGGAGCCAGUGGGAAGGUCAGCGUGUGGAUGCAGUGGAUGCUGCCCAGAUUCACCCUCAAGGUCUUCUCUCCAGAUCCCUCCACCAGGACAGAGAUCUGUGUGAUCAGCGAGUUGGAGGAUUUGAGUGCAUCCGUAGACGUACAGGACGUUUACACCAAAGUGAAGUGUAAAGUGGGCAGCUUCAACGUGGACCACUACAGGAACAGUGGAGAAGCUGCCCCCUCCUGGCCGGGCGCGCGUAGGGCGGUGCUGCUCUCCUGCACGGACAAGCUGAACCGGCGGACUGUGCUGCUCCGCCCGGCCAGCCGCUACGACCCCCUCAACCACUCCUCUACUUUCUUUCCUCCUACGGCGGCGAAGGCGCUGGAGGUGUGUCACCAGCCUCACGGCUUUCUGUCAGUGACCUACACGCAGGCCGUGACCCGCAACGUUCGCCACAAGCUGACGGCCCGUCAGGAGGGAGGGGCGGGGCCUCAGAAGCUGAGCGAGGGCGGGGCCGACGGCUCCCCACAGCACCUGCACGAGAUCCUGCUGACAGCUCAGCCGUUUGACCUGGUGCUCUCCUGCCCUCUUCUGGCCAACGUGGCCCAAGUGUUCCACACGGUCCCGCCUCCGCCGUGCAGGCGACCAGUCAGAGAACGCCGCUCAGCUGGCCAGCCAAUGAGAGGCCAUGCCUUCUGCUCCAGCAGUCUGCCACUCAUCUACGUGAACACCAGUGUGAUCCGGGUUUUCUGCCCGCUUCAAGAGGCACACUGUGACAGCGAUUCUCAGCUGAAGGAGAAGCGAGAGGACACUCUGGUGCUGAAGAUUGGAUCAGUCAGCAUGGCCCCCCAAGCUGAUAAUCCUCUCACCCGUACUGUACUGCGUAAAGACAUUUACCAGCGGGCGUUGAACCUGGGUGUGCUUCGCGACCCGGGGUCGGAUGUGGAGGAUCGCCAGUACCAGAUUGACCUGCAGAGCAUAAACAUGGGUACCGCACAGUGGGAGCAGCUACGCCCUGAGGGGGACGGAGCAUCUGGGGCCACGCCUGCUGACGGCGGGAGGAGCUCCCAGAAUCCUGCACUAGAGUGGAACAUGGCCAGCAGUAUUCGGAGGCAUCAGGAGAGGAGAGCCAUCCUCACGCCCAUCCUGACCGAUUUCUCCAUCCGCAUCACAGUUGCCCCUGCCAUCAUCUACAGCAAACCUGUAUCCCCCGACAACAGCCCGGCAGAGGAGAUAGUGGUGUGCGGUCACAGCUUGGAGGUGAACGUGACCUCAGGCUUGGACAUGUUUCUGAGUGUGUCGCAGGUGCAGCUUCUCCAGCAGCUGCUGCAAGCCAACGUGGGACCUGCCGACACUUCAGACAAAGCCACAGAGAUGCACAAGCAGUCCCCUACGUGCGGAAGCGUGCGGACCGCAGGCCGCACGGAGCCUCUGGGUGCAGGCCGCUCCCCCUGCGGGCAGGACAGCGGCUUUGGCAGCGACAGCGCCUGCCUCCGCAUUGUCCAGAUCGACCAGCAGAGCGGCACCAGCCACCACCGGCUGGCCCGGCCCUCCCGACAGCCAACCAUCACGAAGAACCUCUCCUUCAUCCCCUUUGACGUCUUCCUCACCGCCGGCCGCCUCGCCCUCAUGACCUACGCCGUGACCCGGGCUCCCAAGUCCCACCCAGAGCCCCCCGAGCCCUCCGGGAAGAGCGCGCCGGACACGGCCGAGGAGGAGGCGCGGGACGCCCCGCCGGACGCACCCGACCGGCCGCCCGCGCCGACCCCCGGCCUCUCCGCCCUGACCGCGGAGGACCUGCUCAACGCCAACAGCUGCGUGAGAACGCCGGCGACGCCUGCGCGGGCGGGGCUCCUGGCGCUGGAGGGCCUGUCCUCGCCCUGCAGGGCCUCUGCCAGGCAGGCGUUAGGCAUUACCGUGGUGCGGCAGCCAGGGAGGCGGGGCCCUGGGGGAGGCCUGCUGCAGCCUCUCCUCUUCCUGCAGCUCGCGCAGCCGUCCGCCCUGAUCAGCUGCCACCAGCGUCGCCAGCGCCUGGAUCUCUCUCUCUUCGACCUCACCCUGAAGGGAGUGACAUCCGACUACAUCUGCCUGGAUUCGGGAAAGUCUCUUCCUGAGUCCCUGGACUACAGUGUGUUCUGGUUGCAGACAGUCGCAGGAGAGGCAGACAGCAGGACGGGCAUCCCCCCACCUCUCUUAUCUCUCUGUAUCAGAGACUUCCUAAAUGGGCCAGCGGAGCUGAAGGCAGCCCUGUGUAGGCCGCUGAAGGUUAACCCAACGCUGGCUAAGGUGGAGCAAGCCAAGUCCUUCUGGAGGAAGAUCUUUCCAGAGAGCGGCCAUGUGCCUAGGUCUUCUCCCUGGAGCCCUCAGUACUCCCCUGGCAAGACAUCCCCUCCUCCCCACGGUGCCAAGCAGAACGGCGGCACUGCAGCGUCGCCCUCCAUCCCUGCCCGUCUAGCUGAUGGCCUGCAGUCUCUGGCCCCCUUCCAUAAGAUCUCCCUUCAAGCCGUGGAGAUGGUUGUUGUCCUGGAGAUCGAGUCGCACCCUGCCCGACCCAGUCUCACCUUAUCUGCGUCCGGUGUGAAAGGCAGUCUGAGCACAAAGAGUGGGCAGAAACCACUGGAGAAUGUCAGGGAGGCAUGUGUGCUGCUACACUGCGAGGACGUGUUGGUGCGGACAGGUCUGAAGGGGCGGAGCACGGUGUUUGCGGGGCCGUUUUCCUGCUGCGCUGAUUUGGAGGCCCGUUGGUGCCGACACAGUGGCAGCCCCGCCUCUGAUGCGGGCCCGCCGAGAAUCCUGCUGGACCUGAAGGGAGGAUUAUUACAGGUGUUCUGGGGUCAGGAGCAUUAUAACUGCAUUGCUCUGAUUCAAGAGUACCUUCGGACCUGCGCGAGGGAGGUGGGAGUAGCGGAGGAGGAGCCUGAGGAGGUGGCCUUCCUCUCUCAGCCCCCGCCGUCUCCUGGAUCGCGCUCGCUCUGCUCCGAGCGCUCCUCCGAUGACCUGCGUACUGGCCUCUUCCAGUAUAUCCAGGACUCAGCUUCUCAGAAACUGCCAGGAGCACAUGAAGUGGUCUUCUAUAAUGAGACUGAGGACAGCCCCGGCGUGAUGAUGUGGCGGUAUCCCGAGCCCAGAGUUCUCACCUUUGUACGCAUCACCCCUGUGCCCUUCAACACCACCGAAGACCCAGAUAUCAGCACGGCCGACCUCGGGGACGUCCUACAGGUUCCCUGUAGUCUGGAAUUCUGGGAUGAGCUGAAAAGAGCCUUUGUGCCAUACCGAGAGUUCAGCCUGUCAGAGAGCAGUGUGUGUGAGCUCACACUGCCCCCCCUCAGCCCACACACACUCCAGACUGACCUUGUGGCCUCUGACCUUUGGAGGGUUGUAGUUAACAGUACAGGAGAAGGAGCAGAUGAAAGUUCAGACAGUGAGUCUGGGUCCCAGUUGCCCUGUGAGCAGUUGGUAUCUCCUACAGCACUGGCGGCAUGCACACGGGUAGACUCCUCUUUUGCCCCAUGGUUUGUGCCUUCGGUGGGCGUGUCCCUGCGCCUGGCCUACCUGGAGCUGCGGCUGUGCCACCACCUCGAUCAGCUUGGCACAGUACCAUCCCAGCAGCUCCGCCCCUUCCUGCCGGACCGGAAGUUGCCGUCCGAGCAGGAGUACGGGGUGGUAUGCGUGCGGGAGCCGCAGGCGUUCGUACGGCAGUGGAGUGACGGGGCCAGGCUGGGCCAGGAGCUGCACUUCUCAUCCACGGUGUACUGCCACCUAGUGGACUACAGGAACCUGACACUCUUUCCUCUGCUGCAGCCCUUCAGCCUACAGGGUCAUGCCACUAAUACGUACACACAGUCACAGCAGGCGCGCACACAGCUGGCCCUCAACUGCAGCGUAUUCAUGGAGGCCGUGCAGGUUUCAGUGGGACAGCACGCCAUACACACACUGGACACGGCACUGCAGGCGUGGAAACAGAACCUGAACCCAGCAGCGGAAGAAGUGCUCUUCAGUCACUAUGUGAUUUGUAAUGACACUCAGGAAACUCUGCGCUUUGGCCAGGUGGACACAGACGAAAGUGUGCUGUUGGCCAGUGGCCAAAGCCACCAGUACUGCUGGAGAUCCCACAAAUCCCCACAGUUGCUGCAUAUCUGUAUCGAGGGUUGGGGUAACUGGAGAUGGUCGGAGCCUUUCAGUAUUGAUAAUGUUGGGGCGCUGCUCAGAAGCAUCCAGAGGAAAGGCCAGACUGCCACUCUCAUCAUUAAAGUCCAGCAGCUCAGCGGAGUGCAGAAACAGAUCAUCAUAUGUGGCAGGCAGGUGAUGUGCAGUUACCUGAGUGAGCCAAUCGAGGUGCGUUUGGUGCAGCGCUGCGGUGGAGUGGAGGGCCAGACGGAGACACGGAAACUGCAGGCCUGUGUGGAGCCACACGGCAAGUUGCCUUCUUAUGUGCUGGAGGACUGUGAGGUGACGGAGCUGUGCGUGCGCGCGUGCGGGGACGAAGACUGGUCUCAGGACGUGCAUCUGGAGCGCGGCGAUGAAAGCAACAGCCGUGUGCUACAGGUUCCCUCUUCUAGUGGCUCCCUGGUAUCUGUGUGGUGCACAGUAAUAACCCUGGAACCCAACUCUCAUAUGCAGCAGAGAGUGGUGGUGUUCAGUCCGCUGUUUGUGAUGAGAAAUCACCUCCCAGAGGCUGUGUUAGUACAGGUGGAGAAGCGGAGUUUAGGCCAAAAGGAGACCCAGCUCAUCUCUGGGCAAGGGCAGCAUCAGGCACUGCUGAACGUGGAACCAGACAUCACACACCACCUCACCUUCCAAGCUAGCGAGGAGGAAGAUGCAUCCCACUGUGCAGUACCAAUCUCCUCAUCUCUGAUCAAGCAGAUUGCUAACAAAGCAGGUCAAGAAGAGAAACCGAAUCACAGCAACAUCCUGGAACACUUCUAUGGCCCGAAGAGUUCUAACCAGCAGUCCUGGCCGUACACCUGCAGAGACACAGACAGGGCCGAGGUGGAGUCGCUCGCCCAGUGGGACAGUCCCAUGCAGGUGCGUCUGUGUGCGUGGAGGCCCGGUUUAAGUACUCUCCUGGUGGAGCUCCUGCCUUGGGCUCUUCUCUCCAACCGCUCCCACUGGGACCUCUGGCUGUUCGAGGGCGAGAGUAUCGUCCUGCAGAUCCCCGCCGGAAAGACCAUCGUACCCCCCAACUUUAAGGAAGCUCUUCAGAUUGGCCUCUACUGGCCACACACUAACACUGUGCACAAGUCAGCGGCCGUGCGGCUGUUGCACGAGCUAACCUCCCCGCGCUGGAAGGAGGUGGGCGGAGCAGAAGUGCUCAGCCUGGAUGAGGAGGGGUACGUGGAGGCUGACAUCAUCCUCGGUGCCCCGCCCAGGCAAAAGUUGUGCCAGUUCUGUGUGUCCUCCACAGUGAGGUAUGGGAUUCAGGUUCUGCAGAUCGAAGACAAAACUACAAUGGUGAACAACACGCCCCACACCAUACACUACAGAGCACUGCUGUCCGAACAUGCCCUCGCUGCUCCUGACCAGCUGUACAGACCCCCUGCUGACACCAGCACCUUCACCCUGGCCCCCGUGGGGGAGGCAGGCGGCCCUUCCAGCUGUGCUGUGCCGUGCUGGACUGUGUUGGGUGAGGGCCCCGUGGCACAGCUGGACACCCUGCUGCCCCACAAGCACAUUCUGUUGAGCUGCCUGGCGGGGCCAAAGCAGGAGGGCGAGAUGUGGAGUCAGCCAGUCGCCGUGCAGCCAGACUUCCCCCGGCAGAGUGUGUGCGUGCCAGUACACCAGAGUGCCCCCAACACUCUCAGCACCAGGGCCCUGGUUGUGACAUAUCAAGAACAUUUAGGUAUUGGCUACAUAUCUGUGAAUGAGGACGCGUGUCCCCGUAUGCUGAUUCAUAACCAUUGUCCUAUGGCUCUGCUGCUGAAGGAAAACAUCAGAGAGCCUGCCAGGACCGAGGUAUUCUGCAGGAAACUGCCGCCUUUGUCGUCUGUGAACCACGAGCUGUACCACCACUCCUCCAGUUUCCCUGACUGCCGCCAGAGAGAGGCUCUGCCCACCCUGAUGCUCUGCGCCAUCCCCGACCUCCCCAAAAACUCUGCCACCUCCGAGUGGACCGAGGCCAUUGACAUCAACAACCCAGGCACACAGGUGAUGUUCCUGCCAAGUUUUGGAUGUCUGUACAUUGAAGUGACUCAUGAGGGAGGCACGAUCAUCCUCACAUUUGCACCAGAGAGCAGCGCUGGAACUGACAUUAGUCAGGCCCAAAGGGUGCCCGGUCAAAUGCUGUCCUUCCGAGUCCUACUGAGCGAAGUGUCCGUGGCACUUUGUGACGACAUCACUAGCCCGGCAGGUUCGGUGGAGCUGUUGCGUUUGACCCUGUCGAAGCUCCUGGUGCUGCUCCCUCCCCCCAGGUCCUCGGCAGGCGCCGCACCCACGUCUCUUGUGCAGCAGGUGCAGGUGCUGUGCGGCAGCUUACAGGUGGACAACCAGCUGUACAACCGCUCCAGCUUCCACUUCCCUGUCCUGCUGUGCCAGGAGCAGCGGGCCAGCACUGGCUGCUGGUUGGGCGAUAUCGACCCGGUGAUGAAUCCCGAGGUUCUGGAGGAGUUCCAGCGAGCGUGCUUCCUAUGUGUGGGUCUCACACUCUCCAGCGAUAGGUACUGCCUGGAGCAAGUUAGUUUCUGCCUCAAACCAGCUCGCAUCUACCUGGAGGACACUUUCGUAUACUACCUGAAGACACUCUUCCACACCUACCUACCCAUCUCCACCAAGCCUCCGCCCCGGGAGCAGGGACGGUCAGAAGGGCCUGGUCAGACAUUGCCUUUGCCUGUAUACCAGUCAAUGCAGGCGCUUGUCCAGCCAGUUCGGCUGCAGCGGCUGCUAAUUGAGCCGGUCAGUCUGCUGGUCAGUAUCCAUGCCUCUCUUAAGCUCUAUAUAGCGUCUGACCACACACCACUCUCCUUCUCGGUGUUUGAGAGGGGCCCUGUUUGCACUACCCCACGCCAACUUAUACACGCACUGACCAUGCAUUACGCUGCAGGGGCCCUCUUCAGAGCAGGUUGGGUAGUGGGCUCCUUGGAGAUUCUAGGCAGUCCUGCAAGCCUAGUACGCAGUAUAGGAAAUGGAGUGGCUGAUCUUUUCCGGUUGCCAUACGAGGGACUAACACGGGGACCAGGAGCCUUCGUCAGUGGUGUGUCGCGUGGAACAAGCUCUUUUGUGAGACACAUUUCAAAGGGCACGCUGACAUCCAUCACUAAUUUGGCCACUAGUUUGGCACGGAACAUGGACCGGCUGUCUCUCGAUGAGGAGCAUUACACGCGGCAGGAGGAAUGGAGGAGACAGCUCCCAGAGAGUCUGGGACACGGCUUACGGCAAGGCCUUUCCCGUCUGGGAAUCAGCCUGCUGGGAGCGAUUGCUGGUAUUGUGGACCAGCCAAUGCAGACGUUUACAAGGCCCGUGGAGGCUCACUACACAGCAGGCAGCACUGCCAAGGGCAUUAUCUCUGGAGUGGGCAAAGGCAUUGUGGGAGUUUUCACCAAGCCAAUAGGAGGAGCUGCUGAGCUGGUCUCACAGACAGGAUAUGGUAUCCUGCAUGGUGCUGGCCUGUGGCAGCUGCCCAAGCAGCUGUAUCUUCCUACGGAGAAGAAAUCGGCAGACGCACCCAACAGUCAGCUCAAAUAUGUCUGGAAGAUGCUGCAGUCUCUCGGCCGUCCGGAGGUGCACAUGGCGCUGUGCGUGUGCAUGGUGAGCAGCUCGGGGCAGGAGCAUGCCGGCUGUCUGCUCCUCAGUGGGGAGGUGCUCUUCGUCGUGAGUGUGUGUGAAGACACCCAGCAGCAGGCCUUCCCCAUCACAGAGGUGCAGUGCCGCCAGGACACGCACAAACCCGAAAAGCUCACACUCACUCUGCAACAGCAACGAGUCACCAGUGACAGUGAGGGUGACGGCACUCGCGAGCGCUUGUCUGAGCAGCAGUACAGUCGGUUGGUAGACUACGUGACGCGAGUAUCUCAGUACCUCUCGCCCUCUCCCUCCUCUCUCCUCCGGCAGCCCCUCAUCACGGCAGCUCAGCCUCCCUCCAGCAUCACGAAGGCCUACCAUUACCACGCCGACCCCGCCUACGCCCGGGUCUUCAUCUGUAAAUUCAACAUUGUGAAGAGCAAGGCACUGUGCGUUGGCUUCAACUGAAAAUAUACUUCAAGCGCCAUAUUUAUGAGUGUGGAGUGUUGAAACUGGCAUCCACUCCCCCUCGCCAUAUAACUGUGGGGUUUUUUUUUUAGGAUAUUAAAGGCCAAAAUGGACAUAUGACCUCAGAUCAACAUUAGUUUCAGAAGUCUGUUCAGAUUUGUACUUGCAAACGAAGGCUUUCAGAUUUGUUUACCCUGACUCAGUCUCUUCAUUACAUAAGUAAGGAUACAAAGUCUCAGCAGACAAGUACAUAAAGGAAACGAGAACGUACGUCGUUCUGCCAGUUGCCUGAAUGUGAUUUAAAUUCUUUAGGCAGAGAAGCCUGAGGUAGAUAUAAAGUGAUCAUUUUCAAGAAUGUCCAUAAAUAUGUAUAUUUUAUAUAAUGUAGCAUAUUUAUCAGUGCCCAUGUCAUGUUUGCAGUUAAAAAUGUAAGCUCAAUAUUGCUGUUGUCAAGCUAUGAACCAAAUCACAGCAUUUCUCUGUGGGCAAUAAGAGAAACUGAGAUUUUUUUUUUUUUUUUACUUUAAUUUUUGCCAAACAGUUCUUAUUUCAUAUUCAUAUUAACAUUAAAAAACAGGCGUAAUUUAAGUGAACCACAAUUUUAAUAAAUGUAAUUACAAAUGUUUAUAUAGAAUGUAAUAUUGGUAAAUAUUCUAAUAAAAUUCUAAACAUUUCA